ACAACUUGCGAUGGGGCAACCAUUCUUAGACGUUCUCUCUGUGUCUGUGAUACAUUCGUUAAUGUCUGUGAUACAGUUCGUGCAGUUGUUCUUCUCUCAUGUCUGUGCAUGAAUACGGUAUUGCGUCCCGGAGAUGUCACCACAGCCACCGUUUCCGUUGCCGCUGCCGCUGCCGGUACCGGCACCGGUCUCGGUGGAAAUGAAACAGACCUGCUGGCCUUGCUAGCCUUCAAGAGUCGAAUAACACAGGAUCCUCUAGGGGUCAUGUCGUCGUGGAAUAAUUCUCACCACCACUGCAAAUGGGAAGGCGUUACAUGUGCUCGGCGACAGCCCAGGAGGGUCAUAUCGUUGGCUCUGGAGUCAAAGGGAUUGGUCGGAACUAUACCGCCGGAAAUAGGAAACCUUAGCUUGCUUGGGGAGUUAUGGCUGCUAAACAAUAGUUUCCAUGGUGAAAUCCCUCGACAAAUCGGCCGUUUGCUCAAGCUAGAGGUAAUAAAUUUCCGCAAUAAUUCAUUGGAAGGGGAGAUUCCUGCCAAUCUGUCUCACUGUUCCAACCUCACAGACAUUGUUUUAGCUGGAAAUAGACUAACAGGCAAAAUUCCAGCAGAACUCGGCUCUCUGUUGAAGCUAGAAGCCCUCACAAUACACGGUAACAACCUAGCAGGAGAGAUACCACAUUCUUUUGGGAAUCUUUCAUCCCUUCUCCGUCUCUCUGCAGCAUACAAUAUGUUGGAGGGAAGCAUUCCUAAUCUAGACCGCUUAACAAAGUUGACAACUCUUGGAUUGGGUGGAAAUAAACUAUCUGGUAUGGUUCCUAGCAACUUAUACAAUCUCUCAUCCCUCACUGUUUUUGAUGUGGGUGCUAAUCAGUUGGAGGGGACUCUUCCACCUGACCUAGGCUUCACUCUUCCUAAUAUCCAGCGCUUCAUCGUCGCACAGAACCACUUCACUGGAACGAUUCCAGUUUCAUUAUCAAACGCUUCGAAACUUGAGAUUUUAGCCACCAAGAUUAAUGAAUUCAGUGGUAAAGUUUCAGUUGAUUUCAAGGGCCUACCCCAUCUCUGGUGGUUGAGUAUGGGUAGUAAUCAUCUAGGAAAUAUGGAAAUGGAUGACUUGAAUUUUAUUAAUACCAUGACCAACUGCAGCAAUUUACAGGUGUUGGGUUUUGAAGAAAAUCGUCUUGGAGGCAUGUUGCCAAAGUCUGUGGCUAACCUCUCGACCCAACUUACAACGUUAACUCUGGGAAGAAAUUUCAUAUCUGGAAGCAUCCCAUCAGGGAUUGAGAACCUCGUGAACUUGAAUGUUCUGGGAUUAGAGAUAAAUGAAUUGACAGGAACUAUUCCUACUUCCAUGGGGAAGCUUCAAAAGCUGUAUGAUCUAACAUUAGCUAUAAAUAGAUUAGCAGGACGGAUCCCUUCAUCUUUGGGAAACUUAACUUCUUUGAGUACACUUCGUUUACAAGUGAACAAUUUAACAGGUAGCAUACCUCCAUCCCUUGGAAAUUGCAGUAAGUUGUUUCUGUUGCAACUUUCUGGUAAUAGUCUUAGUGGUGUCAUACCAAGAGAAAUCUUUGGUAUCUCCUCCCUUACUUUGGCUCUUGAUCUAGCCCAAAAUCAUUUAGUAGGUUCCCUACCUCAGGAAGUAGGUCAGUUGAGAAAUCUUGAACAAUUAGAUGUUUCAGAGAACAAGUUGUCUGGCGGAAUUCCGUCUAGUCUUGGUAGUUGUGCGAGCCUGGAAAACCUUGUUUUAAAGGGAAACUUGUUCAAUGGCUCAAUUCCUUCAUCUUUGAGUUCCUUAAGAGGUCUUAUAAACGUGGAUCUUUCGCAGAAUAACCUUUCUGGCCCAAUUCCACAAUAUUUUCAGCAAUUCCGCUCAUUACAGAGUUUGAAUCUUUCCUUCAACAACCUCGAAGGUGAGGUACCAACAGAUGGAGUUUUUCAAAAUGCUAGCAUUGCUUUUGUUGCAGGGAACAGUAAGCUCUGUGGGGGUAUUCCUCGGUUGCAAUUGUCGCCAUGUCCCACUAAGGAGUUGAAGGAAAAAUCAGUGUCUCGUCAUAAGAGGCUAAUAAUUGCCGCCUGUAGUAGUGGUGCUUUUGUAUGCAUUUCUUCUGUCAUGGCUUUUGUUAUUCUGUACUGGAGAAGAAUGCAAAGAAAAGAAGAACCUUCUUCUGCAUCUUCAAUUCUGCAUCGUCAUUUGAUGAUCUCUUAUGAAGCACUCAUGAAAGCAACUGAAGGAUUCUGUUCAGCUAACUUGCUUGGUACGGGUAGUUUUGGCUCUGUAUACAAAGGAAGUCUGGACCAAGGCGAAACAUGUGUUGCAGUCAAAGUACUGAACCUUCAACAGCGAGGAGCUUCCCGGAGCUUCAUGGCUGAAUGUGAAUCGUUGAGAAACAUCCGGCACCGGAAUCUUUUGAAGGUCAUAACUUCCUGCUCAAGCAUAGAUUUUCAAGGUAACGAUUUCAAAGCUCUAGUUUAUGAAUUCAUGUCUAAUGGGAGUUUAGAGGAUUGGUUGCAUCCAAAAGAAGAUUGUGCACAAGUUGAACCAAGGAAGCAUCUAAGCAUUCUUCAGAGACUAAACAUUGCAAUUGAUGUAGCAUCUGCACUUGAUUAUAUUCAUCACCAUUGUGAAAUACCAAUCAUUCAUUGUGAUCUAAAGCCAAGCAACGUUCUUCUUGAUGAAAACUUGACUGCACAUGUGGGUGACUUUGGCUUGUCAAGGUUUUUAUUAGAGGCUGGCAGUAGAUCUUCUUCAAGUCAAGCUAGCUCAGUUGGAAUAAAGGGAACUAUUGGAUACUCUGCACCAGAGUAUGGAAUGGGGGCUGAAGUGUCAACCCAAGGAGAUGUGUACAGCUAUGGGAUUCUCUUGUUAGAGAUGUUUAUAGGAAAGAGACCUACUGACGAAAUGUUUAGAGGUGACUUGAAUCUUCAUUCCUUGGCUAAGAUGGCUUUGCCUGAAAGAGCAAUGGAGAUUAUAGAUCCAAUGCUUUUCUCUGGAGAAAGAGCCGAAGUUGAAGAAGUUGCCAACAACAUUGAAAGUGAGAGAUGCAAGAGAGAGAGAAUGCAAGAGUGUGUGGUCUCAAUAAUCAGAGUUGGAGUGGCCUGUUCCAUGGAGUUACCCAAGCAACGAAUGAAUAUAACAGAUGCACUUAAUGAACUACAAAAAGUGAGGAAAUAUUUUCUUGAAAUUUCCACCCAGCGACAGAGACACAGAUGAACCACAGUCUGUGUUGUAUAAAUCUUCCACCACAUGUUUGUGACUGUAGUGAGCACCUUGGCCAAUCAAGCUUGCAGCAUACCUUUCCAACAGGGUCUGCUGGACUGUUCAUUGACAGAUGAGAUUUUCACAUGCUGAGGACAUAUUACUGAGCUUCUAGCCUACUUAUUAUGAGAUCUUUAUUCUGUUUCUAUUUGUAAUGAUUUUUGUUCUGUUUGGCUUUUUUCUUUUUAUUUAUCCCUAUGACAGUCUUAGGAUAUUCGAAAUGAUGUUCUACUAUUUAAGUUUAUGUUCUGUUUUGCUGGCAAUGGAAAUAUCUAUCAUUUUAUUUAACUUUGUCCUG